AUGGAUCAGACAUUCAGACCCACCCCGACAGCACCUGUCGUACGCCUCAUGGUCCUUGAGACGGACAAGCCUCACCCAGACACAUAUUCAGAGCGUGGCUCCUUUGGACAAAUUGUCCACAGUUUCUUUUCCAAAGCAGGAAGCGCCCACCAUCCGCCCCUCGGCGUGGAAACAGAUCAAGUUUAUGUCGUCGCUGAACAAGGCGGCCGGAUUCCAACUGUGGAAGAAUUUGCCCGCUUUGACGGUCUUGUGAUCACAGGAAGCGUGUACGAUGCUCACGCCAACAACCCAUGGAUCCUGGAUCUAUUAGAGCUUCUCAGAGCCCUUUGGAUCCAACGCCCGGAAUUCCAUUUCUUGGGUGUUUGCUUCGGUCACCAGCUCCUUGCUCGUCUCCUAGGUGGAAAUGUUGCCCCUGCGCCCACUCAGGACUGGGAACUCGGUCACUCUCGCAUUGACCUCACAUCUGUUGGACAGCGCCUCUUCCGUACGCGCAACGACCACAUUUAUCUUCACCAGAUGCACCAGGACCAGGUGACUGCACCGCCGACCGCUGCCUCUGCGGGCCCAGAGAUGCUUUCGGCGGAUACUGAGGUCGCGUGCUGGGGACGCAGCGAUCACACACCCGUUCAGGGCCUGUACAUCCCGAACCGGCUGUUCACCUCACAGGCGCACUUGGCAUUUGAUGAGGACAUGGUGAAGCGACAAAUUCAGAUCAGAGUGGAUGGCGGCGGGAUCAAGGAUCUCGAACAUGCAGACCGGGCGGCUGAGACUGCGCAUCUGGAACACGAUGGAGUCGAGGUUGCUAAGGCCAUUUUGCGGUUGUUUGUAUUUGAUGACGAUGAUAUGGGCUAUGAGAGACGAUAA